UCAUUCCGCUUGUACCCAGCAGCUCCUAAACCGGUUUAGAAGCCAAAAAAGAGGCAUCGCAAUGUCUGGCCAAUGUCGCAUACGAUGGAGAACCGAUCACCACUAUCAGUCGCGGGUGGCAGUUCGGCCCCGAAGGCAGACCGCGUGCGUCGUGUGAUCGAUCCCGUGUGAACCGUGCGUGGCAAAAAAAAAUGGCAUUUCACCUGUUGUUAAGGUUACUUUCAUUCAUCUUUUGGUGUGGUUUAAUUACGAUUCGCCCGGCCGGUGCACUGCCGGCAGGACCCGGAAUCGAAAUUAUGCCGGCCCAGUUCUCAAUGAACGGCCAGCUAGACUACGUGGUGGUGAAUGAGAAUGAAGAAACGAAUACGAACUUUCUGGAACAGCAGCCAGUCCUGGUGCGAGAGCCUCAGCGGCAAGCUGAGUACGUGGUACCCCAGCUACAAGAGCGGCCGUUACAAAUCCAGCAGCGGGUGCAAUAUCAGCAACCAGUUACACAGCCCCCUCAGGUUCAGUAUCAGCAACCUCAGGUCCAAUACCAGCAACCCGUGACCCAGCAGCCACAGGUUCAAUAUCAGGCACCCGUUGUCCAACAGCCUCAGGUUCAGUAUCAGCAACCCGCUGCUGCCCAACAACCACAGUACCAGUACUACCAGCAGCCGCAAUACACGUACCAACAAACUCAGUCGCAACCUUACUACCAAUCCGCAUACCAGCAGCAGCAGCAACCUUCCUACGCCCAAUACCAACAGCCGGCGUACUAUUACGCCGGAGCGCCCCAAAGCUCCGGUCAAUACUAUUCGACCCCACCGGAUAGAGGUGGAAGCCGAUAUUCUGACCCUAUAUCUAGCUUGCUCGGAUUGUCAGGAUUGUCACGACCUUCGACGACACUGGCUGCGGCCGGCUCAUCCUUGCUGCGUGCAACGUCGCUGCUGUUCGGAUGAGGGCAGCAUACAUCCGGUGCAGUCGUAGGCACACCAAAAUAAAGAAGAAGGAACGGGUUUUCAGCUUUUGCAAGCUUUUCCAAACCAAAAUGCGCUACAAAAGAAAAGCAGACAGAAAUUAUUAUUUAAAGCAAAGAAAGACAAGUACGGGCGGUACAGUGCUAUAAAGUACAAAAUUAAUAAACUAAUUACCUCAUUUAUUUUUACUCUCUUUUUUCUGUGUGUUGUGAUGGCAAAAUAUGUUCGCGCUUUUGUUUACUUCAAUCAAUUAAUGUAUGAUUAAUUUUAAAUAAAAUAAUCAUAUUUUCACACUAUUAUCCUUUCAUGUAACGUAGAGGAAAGCGGGGCAAAAUGGGUAUAUUGAGCAGUUUCUUACAUUAUUACACGCCUCUGCCUAUCCUUUUGUUUUCCAGUUUAGGAAAGCUCUUCAAAUUUGUCAAAAAAAUAAAAUAAAAUAGAACAAUUUAUACACGUUUCAAUCGACAAAAUCGAAUUUGAAGUGAUGCCUGUUAGCAUUAGGGUAACUGUACCAAUAUUCGGCAGUGUACCUAUUUUUGGCUGGGUAACUUAAAAGUGAAGUCCAGCAAAAACGCAUUAACAAUUUUCUCAACGCAUAUUUUUUAAAUAGAGAUAUGCUCAUUUGUUAUUCAUAUACGAAGUUUCACAUCAUUUCCUUGCAUAUUUUUCAAAAUAUUAAACAAAAUGUACAGAGUUCACAAUUUUUCGGCAAAUUUGCUGUCACCCAAUAGAUCGGCAGGUUUCAUAAACAGGCAAGGCAGGCAACAUAACAUUAUUCAUUUAAGUGAUUUUCAACACCGAUUUUAGGAAAGUGAGAGCGUGAAACUAUUUUGAACAUUUUUGUUUACCUAUUUUCAUUGAUUAAGACAUUUUCUGACCCGUAUUCGCGUAUCCGCCGAAAAUAGUAGGAGCACAACCUGCCGAAAGUAGGAACAUAACAGCGAUUUCACGAAUAUCUUCAAAAAAUGCAUUUAAAACAGCAUUUAAAAAAUAGCAUAACAGAAAACGAUAGUUUUUCAUCCAAAAUAACCUCACUUUCAUGAAAGCUAAUAAAAGUUGUAAGUGUACGAGCAGUUUUUGUAAGACUGCUGCGCUAGCCCGCCCAAUACUGGUAUGCAGUUACCCUGUUAUGUGGGCAAAUACAAACACCAAGCGUAAUAUGUCAAAAGCAUCAGCCCAUUUUGUCCCUCGUGAAGCAUUUUUAUAUAUUUGGUUAUUUUAAUUUAAAUACGCAUUCAAUUGCCUUACUUUCUACAGACAAAUUGUAUAGAUUUUUUUUCAAAAUUACCAUGAAAAACUUUCAUACAUCCCUGUGGCAUUACUUAAAGCUUAGUUUCGAAGUGGUAAAAAACAUCAAUUGGCUACUAAAUCUUAUUUUGUAUUUUUCUUGGUUAUUUGUUGAUUGCGGAUUAUAAAACUUAAUGGUGUUCAUAGGACACUAACAUAAACAUACAGUAGAACGUCGAUUAUCCGGGGGCCGAUUAUCCGGGGGCGGAUUAACCAGCGGGCGGCUUAACCGUGCGCAUAACUGUGACAGCUGUUUAAACGUAUAGCGAACAUUUGCAGCGAU